AUGGUCUCACAACCUGCAGUCGCCACUACGGCGGCGGCGCCUACCGACUUCGGCGAUGAGUACAAGAAGGCUCGCUCAGAUGAGCAAACAUUCAACAAUGCCGAUGAAAAUGCGGACUCGAUAUUCCCAGCUGUAAAUCCCGCCAGCUCUCGCGUCGGAUCGAUGAUGAAGAAAUUUGAGCAACAAUUGGUGGAAUACAAUCUAGAGGCCAGAGGCAUUGAGCGAGUUGCACCCCAUGAGCGCAUGAAGCGAUUGACGUGGGUUUCAUACCUGCAGACCUUCAUCCUGUGGUUUUCGAUCAACCUAGCGGCAAACAAUAUUGCCAUGGGUAUGCUGGGUCCGGCCGUGUACGGGCUGAGCUUCACGGAUUCGGCGUUGUGCGCAGCCUUUGGAGUCACGGGCGGCUCUAUGGUGUCGGCGUGGGUCGCGACUUGGGGUCCCCUGUCCGGGAUCAGGACGAUGGCCUUUAGUCGUUACUCCAUGGGGUGGUGGCCGAGUAAGAUCAUUGUUUUGCUGAACUUGGUUCAGAUGCUCGGGUAUUGCCUUCUUGAUAGUGUGGUGGGCGGGCAAAUUCUGUCUGCUCUUUCACCGGGAGGAUUGUCAGUUGCCGUGGGCAUUGUCAUCAUCGCGGUCAUCAGCUGGGUGGUGGCCACCUUUGGAAUCCAAGCUUUCCAUUACUAUGAAAGAUACGCGUUCAUCCCCCAAUUGAUUGUGAUCUGUAUCUUGUUCGGCCUCUCAGCGAACAAAUUCGAUCUCUCUACGCCCUCUCAGGGAGAUGCCCGAACCGUAGCCGGUAACAGGCUGUCGUUCUUUUCCAUCUGCCUCAGCGCAGCAAUCACGUACUCUCCACUGGCUGCAGACUUCUUUGUCUAUUACCCCGAGCACACGUCUCGUCUCUCGAUCUUCUCUCUGACCCUUGCCGGUCUUGUGCUCUCCUUUGCUACAGCCAUCAUUUGUGGAAUUGGACUUGGCUCAGGAAUUGCCUCGAAUUCGGAUUGGCAAGCUGCUUACUCCGUUGGCCAAGGUGCCCUGAUCGUGGAGGGAUUCGCCCCUGUCGGUGCGUUUGGCAAAUUCUGUUCCGUCGUCGUCGCUCUGGGACUCAUUGCCAAUACGGUUCCCCCAACUUACUCCGCGGGUGUCGAUUUCCAAAUCCUCGGACGCUAUGCUGAAAGAGUUCCUCGGGUGAUCUGGAACACCGUCGGCGCUAUAAUCUUCACAGUCUGCGCAUUGGCUGGUCGAAGCAACUUGUCCGAGAUCUUCACCAACUUCCUUGCCCUCAUGGGCUACUGGGUUGCAAUCUGGUUCGCCAUCCUCAUUGAAGAAUUCUUCUUCCGCUGGCGCACCGGGUAUAACUGGACAGCAUGGCGCGAUCCCUCGAAACUACCCAUUGGUGCAGCCGCCUUCGUGGCCUUUGUCGUCGGCUGGGUCGGUGCUAUUCUUUGUAUGGCACAGGUCUGGUACAUCGGCCCACUGGCCAAGUUGGUAGGCGCCAACGGCGCUGAUAUGGGCAAUUACGUCGGCUUCUCGUGGGCUGCGCUCAUUUACCCGCCGCUGCGGUUGCUUGAACUUCGAUUUGUGGGGCGGUAG